UUUACUUUCUUUCUCUUUUUCUUUCAUAAAACUUAUUUUCACAUAGUACUCACAUAUAUACUGCAAAUACAAUAUCCUAUACACACUAGAUUUUUAUAAUACUGCUACUACUACUAAUGCAAUCUACUUCUGCUCACACUGUUAUCGACCACAACAUUAACGACUUCAAUUCAUCGUCGUGCGAUGAUAUACAAUCCCUGAAAGCCCAACUAACAGCACAAAGCGAAAUUAUCCGACGGCUGCAGCAGGACAUGCAGGCGCUGAAUACCAAAUAUGUUGCCGAGAUUGAAAGGGCGGCUGAGACGCUUUACCAAAAGGACAUGGUGGAACAAGAACUCGAGGAGCUCAGCCGCCGUUUGUUUGAGCAAGCUAACGACAUGGUUGCUCAAGAAAAACGUGCCAAGUGGGAGCUAGAAAACCAACUUAAGCGGGCGCAGGAGCAGCUUGCUGCCGAGCAAAGCCAGCUCAAGGAGCUACGACUACAGCAGCAACAAGAUACCGUCUUGCAGCGCUCCACAUCCUCGUCAACAUCUUCUUCUUCGUCUAUAACAGCAUCAUCGUCCUCAGCACUAUCAAAAGCAACUGCACUGACGGAGUAUUACACACCUGCUACCAUGGAAUCGUUCAAGCACUUUGCAGGACAAUCUCCUUUUUCUGCUACGACGAAUGCCAACGUUCCAAAGCCUCAAAAGCACCGUGCUCCCCUGAUGAAACUGCACCAGCAGUUUGUAUUCCUUAAAAUGUGCCAAGAGGACGAUGUCGAGCCAUGCUUGCGGUUUGGGCCACACUCGCGUUGGUCAGUCAAAAAAAUGAUCGAAUAUCUGCUCCGACAGCCUUGCUUUAUCGAAAAAAUCGACCCUUAUGCGAUACCUCCAUCCACGGAUUAUUGCGGCACACCAUCACCUGCAUACAACCGUCCUUUAUGGGAGAGAUGGAUCGAGCAACCAUCCGCAGCCAUUACAUCCAUGUCAUCGUCGUCGACGCUUUCUUGUUGUUCAGCAUGUGGUGAACCAAGUACCGAUUUGGACUACCGGUUCCGUUUUGACGUAAACGAGGAUUGGUCCCGUAUUGAUCGAUAUUGUCGUGAUCGUCUAGUCGCCGUGUGCGAAUUCUAUGUGUUUAUCCGGAAUAUCCAUAUGGGGCUCUAUGCAGAUAGAGAUGUACAUAUGCUUUAUGAGGAAACUGUGCGUCUCAGACUGCAAAUGUUCUACGCCAGGAUGGGCGCACUGCGUGAUAUUGGGCCACAACCCCUGCUCGAUGCAGACAAGGAGGAGGACGAGGAGGAUGCUGUAUCCUUGAACGGAUCAGUGUCAACUGUGUCGACCUCAAGCACGUCGGAAGCUCCUCAGACACCCAUUGAACAAGAAAUCCGUGAUAAUAGCGGUGAUUUGAAUAGCGAAGAUGACCUCCUUGUCGAGCAAGAACAACAAAAGCUGUGCUCUAAGCAAAAGCAGCAUAUGGUGCGGUCUCGUUCCUGGACAGUCUCGCAUCAUGAAAAGUAGUUAUCAAUUUUACAUACACUAAUUGCGCAUACAACAACUAUUAUUACCAUCCACAUUGUCAAGAACCACCCAAUCCUUUACUCGCAUUUUAUUAUCAGUGCUACUACUGCUAUCUAUUAAAAAUUGCUAAAACGAGC